AUGUCGAACCAGAGCAACGAAAUGGAAUACUCCUUUGACGAUAGCGUCAAUCGGGAUAUUGAUGUGCCAGAUACUGAAGCCUUGUCUGGGACCUCGUGCAACAGCGAAGAUCCAGUUGUUACGACGAUAGGGCUCUUAGCUACUGAUGAGAAUGAAGAACAGGUACAAGAGGUGAUUGAGGAUCUAGAGGGUAACGGGAUACUUCGUCACCUGCGUGCUGUAGACAAGUACUUAAAACUAGGCGAGAAUAGAUCCCUUCUCAAUAAUCGACGUUUUCCAGACAGCGAAGGGAAUGACCUCAUGUGCAAGUCUGCUAAACAUAGAGAUACACUUGAUCUUCUAUGCGAUAUACAUGACCUCCAGAGCUCGAAUGAACCUGUUGCGGCCAUGACGUAUUUUCAGGACUACAAUUAUGCUAUUUCUCAUUUGGAUCGUGCGAAAUAUCUUUUGCGUCAGUGGUUGGCUCAGCGAUAA